GAGGUGUGCUGCGGAGUGAGCCCUCUGCUCACACAGAGACGAUCUGAGCGGAGUCCGGGUACAAGGUGGGGCGCGGAGUCUCCGGGUGAACUUGGGAAAAGUUAAGUGUGUGUCGGAUUACUGCGUGGACGGCGAGGAAAACACGCCACCAGGUUGUGCUCUCUCUGGUCCUUCAGGAGUGGACAGACGUCCAGAUCUCGGGGUCAUGUCCUCUAAGAACAAGACCCAGACGUCCCUGGUCCUCCACAAGGUGAUCAUGGUGGGCAGUGGGGGCGUGGGGAAGUCGGCCCUCACCCUCCAGUUCAUGUACGACGAGUUCGUGGAGGACUACGAGCCCACCAAGGCGGACAGCUACAGGAAGAAGGUGGUGUUGGACGGAGACGACGUCCAGAUUGACAUCCUGGACACGGCCGGUCAGGAGGACUACGCCGCCAUCAGGGACAACUACUUCCGUAGUGGAGAGGGUUUCCUCCUCGUCUUCUCCAUCACUGAGCACGAGUCCUUCACCGCCACCUCAGAGCUCAGGGAGCAGAUCCUGCGGGUGAAGGAGGAGGACAGCGUCCCCCUCCUGCUGGUGGGGAACAAGUCGGACCUGGAGGAGCGGCGCCAGGUCUCAGCUGACGAGGCCACGCUGAAGGCGGGCGAGUGGGGCAUCCAGUACGUGGAGACGUCCGCCAAGACCAGGGCCAACGUGGACAAGGUGUUCUUUGACCUGAUGAGGGAGGUCCGUAAGAAGAAGAUGGCUGAGAGCAAAGACAAGAACGGACAGAGUGGGAAGAAGAAGAAGAAGACCUGCUGUGUCCUCUAACGUCCUGCUGUGUCCUCCGAUGUCCUGCUGUGUCCUCUAAUGGAGGACGAGAGCCGUCUUUUUUUUUUUUUUUUUUUUGCCAAAACCAAAGACGAUGCUCCAAGCUCCUCCUGUGAAAAGGCCAAAAGUAUGUGGACACAGAAAAUGUAUAUGUCAAAGUGUUUCGUCCACAUACUUCUGAACAAACGGGACACGGCGUCUCUCGGUUUGUGCAGCUUUAGAGGGACAGAGGGACAGCGUGGACGCUCCACAGAGACUUUGGUGCCUUAAAGUGUCUCUUUUACAAUCACUUCACAUUCCUCUCUGUGCCCCCCCCCACCCCCCCCACCUCCUAUAACCUCACGCUUCAAAGGGAAUCACAUAUUUAAACCAAUCACGUGUCCUUGCUCCUAUUUAUAUGACUUUUAAAGCUGUUGUUGUUCACGUAUCUACGUUUCCAUUAAGAAUAAAAGAUUGAUCACA